GUAGACUCUUUUCAUCUCACUCGCCAUGACGGAAUACGACUACUCCCCCGAGGCCUACGAACGCUAUUUGAGGACUCAGCAGCGCAUUGCAAAGUGGGUCGACAAAACAGAGGUCUGCAGGCCACAGUUCGCCGACGCCAUCAAGCCCCCCACCACUCAUAUGCCGGGCUACGAGUCCCCUCAGUCCAGGCCAAAACAUUCUCCUCACCGGUCGCGUUAUCGGUCUCGCUCGUCAACUCCCCACUCAUCAGACGAUGAAGCCUACGGGAGGGCACCCUACGCACCAGGGCCCAUGCCGCCAAUGCGCUCUGCUCCUGGACAUUCUGGCGCGUUCCCGCAGCACCAGAUGCCCUACCAAUACACUAGCCCGCUGGCUUCACCACCACUCGUUUCCCCUCAGGGACAGAUGCCACCCAGCUACUAUGGGACACCUAGUAUACAGCAAGUCAAGGCCCAGAAGCGCUCCCGUUCCUACCAACCACCCCCGCCCCUCGUACUGUCUCCUCCAGUGUCACCAGGAGUGUACCCUCAAGGGGGAUAUGUGAUGAUGCCACAGCAACAACAAGUCCCUAUGCCCAUCAUGUCGCCACCGCCAGUCCCGAAUUCAGCUCCAGCACACGUAACGUCGUUCACCGUAGCCAACAUGCCACCGCCAGUCACCGCUCCACCAUCGCCAACGGAAUACUUCCAGACACAGCUUCACCAAGAACACGCUUCCUCGUUCUCGUCCCUGUUGGCACCGCCUCCUGCGAACGUUGUUCCCAUCCAUCACGGUGUACCGAUCUACGCGUAUUCUUCGUCGAGUGCAGCAGUGUCCCCUCCUCAAUCCGCAUACCCGGAAGUAUAUACUUUUACUCCCAUGGUGUCUCCACCAGCGAUGAGCCCGAUGUAUCCACAGGUGGCCAUCUCCCCACCCACCCCGGCGACGUCACCGACCUAUUCAUAUAUCUACCCUUCCACCGGGCUGCAUCAGCGGGUGUACGAGAUGACUGGUCAUAGCAAGCACGUUCUCCGAAGGAGCGUAGGUUAG